CAAUUUAUCUUUUGUUACAUUACUCUAUUGAGGUAUAUCAGAUUCACUAAUGUGCUAUAUUAUCGUAAUGAAAUGAUUAUGGCUGCAUGUUUGAUGCCGUACUUAGAUGAACAUCCUGUAUCCUUGUUUCGUUAUCUCUCCUCCCUACAGUUCAAAUACAUUCGCUUUCAUUCGAAAGUUGUUUAAAACCGGAGUACGUUACGUCAGUGCUUCUCCGUGAAGAUGACCCGAAGAGUGGUCACUAGAAAGCCGAGCGAAGUCUAUCAGUCAGAACGCAUGGAAACAGCUGUACGAUAGCUAACCAAUCAGAGAACAAGUAAGACAAGCUGCUUGGCGUUGGAAACAUAUCAGUCGUGGAUGUUUAAUCAACCGGAAUGUAUUUUCUAAUGACUGUUGCAGCGUUUGUGGUUCUUCGAACGAAAAGAUGAAUCACUGUUCAAAAAAUUGCGAACCGGAACAAAGGGGGAUUUCUAGACUCGUUCCCAGAGAUUUAACUUUGUACGCAUAAUGCCUUAUUUUACCAAACUGCUGUUUUUACUGUUUUGCCUGAUGCUUAUUGGAGAGUGUCGAAAGCAUAGAGGAAGGAAAAGGAGGUGGACUGGACCCGUGGAAACUCACAAGCAUGGCUCUACUUUAUCAAAGAAGAUGGUAGAUGUGACCAAAACACGUAAAGUGAAGAAAGACCACCUACUUCGAGUAGACGACCAUGAUUUUACCAUGAGGCCAGCAUUUGCAGGCCCUGCCAUUCCUGUUGGAGUAGAUGUACAGGUGGAAAGCCUGGACAGUAUUUCAGAAGUAGAUAUGGACUUCACCAUGACGCUUUACCUCAGACACUACUGGAAGGACGAGCGCCUGUCCUUUCCUAGCAGCACGAAUAAGAGCAUGACCUUCGACGGUCGACUGGUGAAGAAGAUUUGGGUGCCCGACGUGUUCUUCGUGCACUCAAAGAGGUCCUUCAUUCACGACACCACAACGGACAACAUCAUGCUGAGGGUGUUUCCCGAUGGCCACGUACUGUACAGUCUGAGGGUCACUGUAACAGCCGCCUGUAACAUGGACUUCAGCCGCUUUCCUUUAGACUCGCAGACCUGCACAUUAGAGCUGGAAAGCUAUGCCUACACGGAUGAAGACCUCAUGCUGUACUGGAAGAGUGGUGACGAGUCACUGAGCACGGAUGACAAGAUUUCUCUGUCUCAGUUCCUCAUUCAGAAGUUCCACACCACUUCCAGGCUCGCUUUCUACAGCAGCACAGGAUGGUACAAUCGGCUCUACAUCAACUUCACCCUGCGACGCCACAUCUUCUUCUUCCUGCUGCAGACCUACUUUCCCGCCACGCUGAUGGUCAUGCUGUCCUGGGUCUCCUUCUGGAUCGACCGCCGCGCGGUUCCUGCCAGAGUGUCGUUGGGUAUCACCACGGUGCUCACCAUGUCCACCAUCAUUACCGGGGUCAACGCUUCCAUGCCCAGGGUCUCCUACAUCAAGGCUGUGGACAUUUACCUCUGGGUCAGCUUCGUGUUCGUAUUUCUAUCGGUGUUGGAAUACGCCGCAGUCAACUACCUGACUACGGUGAAGGACGGAAAGGACCGGAAACUCAGAGAAAAGGCUAAAGAGCAGUCCCUGCCCUGCACCUGCGGGAUGUCCCACACCAGGACCAUGAUGCUGGACGGGACAUACAGCGAGGCGGACACCAACAGCCUGGCGGGGUACACGCAGGCGCCCAUGGCUCCCGACGAGCCGGAGAAGCCGGAGCGCAUGAUGGUGCACCUGUCCCUGGACAGCGAGUCCAGCGCUGCCAAGAAGAAGGGCCUCCGCGGCUUCCGCAUCAUUAACAACACCCACGCCAUCGACACCUACUCCCGCAUGAUCUUCCCCGGGGCUUACAUCAUCUUCAACCUCAUCUACUGGUCCGUCUACUGCUGAGCCCUCGCCGCGAUUGGCCGGAUGUCCUCUGGGAAGGAGGGAUGGGAGGAGAGGGAAGGGGAGGGGGAGGAGGAUGAUCUGAUUGGCGGGACUCAAGGACAGUGGUCUUGCACUGCGCAUUAGCUUAAGGGGCCUGUCGUUUUGUUGUUGGACCCCCUGAUUAAUUUCCUCCCAAGGGUCUUACUGAGGAUUUCACUGACCUCCAGCUCAGUGUCUCCCAGUAUCCUGCAAUGAAGCUGCAUACCGUUGGACUGGAACAAGACAGCAUAUUACUCUUUAUUUAUUUGCUUUGCACUCUGUGGGGUACUGCCAUCUCUGCCAGUGCAGAACCAAGAAGGUGCAGGUCCAUUAAGAUGACAGACUAACAUAAGUACCAGUUGACAUGCUUUCUCAAUGACUUUUCAAAUCUUUGUUUCAUGCUGUUUUAUUUUCACUUUAACGCUAGCCAUAUUUGUUCAGACCAUGCCAUUUCCAAGUAAUAGGUGCAGAAUGCUUUGCGGUCAGCUUUGUCUCCAGGCAGACUCUUUAGCCUCACACCAUCUCAGAAUUUCAUUUUGGGCAUUGAAAUCCUCCUGAAAGGUCAAGUGAAUAGCUUUUUGGGUAUGAUCAUAAGAAAAACCAAAGCAGCAGUAAUGUGUUUGUAUACUAACAGUUGUUAUGUUUCAUCGAGUGCCAUGUCAUAUUUGAAAGGCUUCUGUCCUCCUGACCUGUCACCAAAAUGCAUGAAACACUGACACGGGGCAAAUAUAAUAUCAUGCGUUUUGAUAUGGAAAGGUAGCCUUAUAAAGCUGUGCUCAAAAUUAUUUAGGUGUGCAUUCACCUGCAAACAUCUGAAAUAAUUUACAUCUUAAUAAUUUUGCUUGACAUCAAAAAUACAGAGACAGAGACAGGAAGUACAGUGAAUCAGGGCGAAAGGCCGGAAAAAGUAUGACAGGUUGAUUUUGUGUGUUUUCCUUUUGCACUGCUCUCUAGACCUUUUCAAUGAAUGGUUUACAGUAUCUAAGGAAUGGCUGGAUUUCCUCAAAGCACUAUCAGUGUGUGGAAGGAUUCUUAAUAAAAACCUGUUGGUUUGAUCAUUCAUGUAUUUGUUUCUAGUGCCGUUAGACCCACGCCAUCUUACCUUAAUAAGUUGCAGAGACUGUACAGGGCUUAUGAGGUGUUUUAGUAUUUUAUUCCAAUGUCAUGGUUAGCUUAUUUGAUUGUUCAUUUCAGUAACAUUUUACCUGAAGUGUAGCAUUAUUGAGCCUGCAUAGGGCCAGCAUGACUCUACACUUAUGGUUUUGACAUAACCAGUUGUCAUGGCUUAUGACAACUUGAAAACACAGCUUGUGAGCAAUUAAGAGCAUUUAUGACAUUCAUAUCUGCUGUGUCAACUGUAAUGAUGUCUUCAUAGAAACUUAAGUGUUGAGAAAGUAAUGCUACUUGCUGAAACAUCACCAGGUUACAUGCUAGAUUGGUUAAAUCCACAAAAUGUCUCUGCAAAGACUGAGAGUGAAAAAGGCUGUUUGAGUUUUGAAUAUAUACUGUACACCAGUUUGAACAGCCUUGCUGGUUUGAAACAGCCUUAACUAUGUGUCAUCUUUUAAAAUUGGAUAUGUCUCAAGGUCAAUUUAUGAAUUCACAGGCAACUGUAUAUAGUAUUUUUCAGAUAGUCUGCCAUCUAGGUGGCAGUUAGUCAAACAAUUCAUAUGUAGAUAGCUGGACAUAUGAGUGGGGUCCACUGGAUAGAGAUACCCCACACAUCCACACGCGUCUGUUUUUCGGGCUUUUCGCCCUGGUACUCAUGGCCUGAGUCAUUUUUCCUCUGCAAGCGUGUCAGUCUGUAGGGCUGCUAUUAUAGGCACACACACAUACACACAUAGGGGAGUCUUUAGGCACACCAAACACUUAUUUUGGUCUAAGACCAGUUGUCGUUGCAAAAAAUGUCAAGAAUGUAUGCUGUAAAUACAGCUGUAAUAAAUAAGACACUGAGAAAA